ACAUCAACAGGCUAAAUGCUUAUCCCAUCUUACACGCUCGAGAAACUUAACCGAGCAACACCCUCCUCCGUGGCUGGGGGACCCCCCUCCCCACCUCCUUCGUUCCCGGGAAGCCAAGAGGCCCCGGGGACUCCCCUGGCCGAGCCGCGCGCCUCGCUCCAGGCAUGCUCAGUGCGAGGGCAGGCCGGGCGGGGGCGGCUCCAAGUUUUGGGCGGACCACCCAGGCUCCUCCCUCCGGCCGGGCCGCGCGGGGAAGGGGGACCGGAGCCGGAGGCUGGAGAGCGCGCAGGCCGGAGGAGUCGGAGGAGCGCGCCGCGCCCCUGCCCGCCCGGUCCCCGAGUUCGCUUGUCGCCGAGCUGGCGGGGACGGUGCCCCGGGCGGCGGGCCGAGGCGGCGCGCGGCGGCGGGGGCGAUGCGGCCCGCCCGCCGCCUGAGCGCCCCCGAUGGCCCGCGGCGCGGCGGCCUGCGGGAGCGACGCGCGGCUGCCGCUGGGCCGGGAGGCGGUGCGGCCGGCGCCCGCGCUGCUGGCCCCCGCCGUGCUGCUGGGCGCCGCGCUCGGCCUCGGCCUCGGCCUCGGCCUCGGCCUCUGGCUCGGCUGCCGCGCAGCCCGCCCGCGCCCACGGCACCAGAAAGACGAUGCUCAGAGUCUGCUCAAGAAUUUGGAGUCUAACGUACAGGACCCCUCGGAAACCGGCUCCCCGUCCGGGAGGAGGAAGAGACACGCACAGACAUCGAAGGAGGAGGCUGUGGACAAAGCACCCGAUGCCAUGUGUUCUUCCUUCCCAGGAAUGUGAGCCAUCUUUCAACAGCAACAUCACAGCAUUUGCACUGAAGGCAAAAGUCAUCUAUCCCAUCAAUCAGAAGUUCCGGCCGCUGGCCGACGGUUCCUCCAACCCGUCUCUGCACGAAAACUUAAAGCAGGCCAUCUUGCCGAACCAGCCGGUGGAGGCUUCCCCCUCCAGCAGCCUGGGGAGCCUGAGCCAGGCUGAGAAGGAGGACUGUAGCUCCUCGUCUAGCAUCCACUCGACCGCCAGUGACGACAGGUUCCUCAGCCGCACCUUCGUCCGGGUGAACAGCUUCCCCGAGGUGCUGAUCUGCGAGAGUGUGGACCUUGACUUGUGUAUCUGUAACCUUCACUUAAAGGAUCUGCUGCGUCUGGACACGGCCCUGAGGCGGGAGAAGCACCUGAUGUUUAUUCAGAUUUUAAAAAUGUGCCUCCUUGAUCUUCUUCCCAAAAAGAAGUCUGAUGAUGAAUUAUACCAGAGGAUUCUUUCGAAACAAGAAAACGACUUGGAGGAAUUAGAAAAGGGACUUCAGGUCAAACUAUCAAACACGGAAAUGUUGGGGACUGGCGAUUCUGAAUACAUCACUCUGGCAGAUGUGGAAAAGAAGGAACGAGAAUACUCUGAGCAGCUAAUAGAUAAUAUGGAAGCUUUCUGGAAACAGAUGGAAAAUAUCCAGCACUUUCUUAUGGACCAAUUUAAGUGUUCCAGCUCCAAAGCCCGACAGCUCAUGGUGACUCUCACGGAAAGAAUGAUUGCAGCCGAAGGGUUAUUGCAUGACUCUCAGGAUUUGCAGGCUCUGGACGCCCUGGAGAGAACGAUGGGGCGGGUGCACAUGGCAAAGACGAUCGAGUCCCUGAAGCUGCAAAUCCAGGAGGAGACCAGAUGCCGACUGGCUGCCCUGUCCCGCAGCCUGGAGCUGCUGACCGUCGAGGGGAGGCUGUCCGGGCGACAGAAGGAGGAGCUGCUCGCACAGCAGCACAAGGCCUUCUGGGGAGAGGCGGAGCGCUUCGGCAGGGAGUUUGUGCAGCGAGGCAAAGACCUGGUUAAAGCGUCGCUGGUCCACCAGGCAGAGGGGACGGCGAAGCUGAAGCGGACUCAAGAAGAGGAGCAGAGGGGCUUCCUGGCCGAGGCACAGCUGACCUCCGACCCGGCCGAGUUCCUCCAGGCUUUUCAUGAAGUCCUGGAGAGACACAGGUUGACCCACAGUUACCUGGAGGAACAGGAGGACAUCAGGACCACCGAGGCCAUGGCUGUGCUCUGCCAGGAGCUGUACCGCAGCACCAUGGAAACGUUCCAGAAGUUUGUGGACGUCCUGUUCCUUCAGACGCUCCCAGGAAUGACUGGCCUGUCCCAGGCAGACUGUGAGAACUUGAGGCAGGAGGUCCAGGAGAACACAGCCUGGCAGCUGGGGAAGUCCGAUCGCUUCCGGAAACAGCAGUGGGAACUUUUCCAAGAUCUCCUGGAGCAAGACAAGCAGGUGUGGAUGGAGGAGUGGACCCUGUCCACCGUGCUGCAGACACACCUGCGAGAUGGCCAUGAGAGCAUCGUCCACCAAGUCUUGGGCCGAUUUGGUGGCCUCAGUGAAGAGUCCACGUGGUACAUCCUACAGGGACACGACCUGCUGCUGCGCUCAGCCCUGCGGAGGCUGGCUCUCCGGGGCAGCGCCAUCACCACCCUGACCCACAUGAGACUUGCCGGGAAGAAGAGUCUUCUCCAGGAACUGCGUGAGCAGCACGCCCUUGAGCAGGGCUCCUCCCAGUGUCUGGACGAGCAUCAGUGGCAGCUGCUCAGAGCCUUGGAGGCGCGAGUCGUGGAGGAGGCCAGCAGGCUGGAGGACGAGGCGCAGCAGACGCGGCUGCAGCUCCAGCAGCAGCUCCUGGCCGAGGCCCAGGAGGUGGGGCGGCUCCUGCAGGAGCACACGGAGAGAGCCAUCGGGCAGGCCCUGCUGGCCCACGCGCGGAAUGCGGCCACCAAGAGCCGGGCCAAGGACUGGGACGACUUCAAGAGAGUGCUGACAGAGGCGGCCGUGGAGAGCGUCUACGUGACCAGUGCCGGCGUCGGCCGGCUCGUGCGGGCAUAUUACCAGCACAUCGGGAGGGUCAUGCAGGACCACGAGGAGAGAAGGCUGCAACUCCUGAAGACCCUGCAGGGUGAGAGAACGGAGAAUUACAAGCUGCGGACAAAGCAGGGAUUCGGAGACCCUUCGCCGGGGAGCAAGGCGGUGAAUGGAUCUGGCGAAGCCUGCAUGGCCGUCCACCAGAGGGUGGCGGCACAGCAGAAAAAGUUUCUGGCCCAGUUCACCGUGCACCAGCGGAUCCGCCUGGAUGCUUGGAAGCAGAAGGCAAGGGCUGCGGCUCAUCUGGAAGCCCAGCUUGAGACCCAGCUACAGGAGGCCGAGCAGAGCUUUGUCUCGGAGCUGGCGGCGUUGGCCCGGGUGCCCCUUGCCGAAAGCAGACCUUUUUCAAGCAAGCGUGGCUCGUCAGAGAAGCCUGUAAGGACGAGAAGGAAGAAGCCCCCACCCCGGGAGAAAGGGAACCCGGGGGGCCCCACCGACGAUGACCCUGCAGCAGGGGGCCACCCCUCGGGAUCACUCAGCAGCAAAAGGCUGAACCAACAGGAGAAUGAAGCUGGCGACGGCGAGAGCCCCAAGAAGCCGCUGAAGGACAGAAGCCAUCCGUAGGUUACGGUUUGGGUCGGGGCCGAUGUGGAAGAUCCAGCCGGAAUAAUGCCACCUGCCCGCCCCAGCCGGCUGGGACGGGGAGGGCCACCGGGGGGCCGGAUGGACAGACGGACAGGCGGAGAAGUGCCUAGAAGGCCUGAGUGAGCAUGGCAGACCCUGCCGCCUGUGGAAUGAAAACCCCGUGUCGGAACCCUGCCUGCAGUUUUCUCUUUCUCUUUGGCUUGGAGACGUGGCUCCCUUCCUCAGGGACCUCUUCGGCCCUGGAUCUCUGAACCCCACCCCCCACCCGCACCCUGCCUGCCCAGUGUGAGGCUGCCUCCAGCCUCGGUGCCCCCCUGCUCCCCAGACUCUCCACGGAGUUCUGCUGGGAAUGCGGGGGUCUCCGGGCGGGGCUGGCGUUUCCUGGCCCGAAGCCUUUUCUCCAUCUCUUUAUAAAAACUAUUUUUAAUGUUUAUUCAUUUUUGAGAGAGACAGAGACAGAGCGUGAGCAGGGGAGAGGCAGAGAGAGAGGGAGACACAGAAUCCGAAGCAGGCUUCAGGCUCCGGGCUGUCAGCAGAGAGCCCGACACGGGGCUGGAACCCACGAACCACGAGAUCAUGACCUGAGCUGAAGUCAGACACGUACCCAGCUGAGCCACCCAGGCGCGUCUUUUUCUCCAAUUCUGUCAUCCUUGUUCUCAUGUCCCAUGAGACAUGUCCCACGCAUCUGGCCGCAGGGUUCUCAUCUGGACUGAUUCCCAUGUUUGGCUCAACCCGCAGCUAGUGCCUGGUCACCUUGGAGGUUGUCUCAGGGCCCCAGGACCCUGACACAGACCACGGAAUCCCUGACCUGCAGGCCUACGUCACCCACCCUGGGGACCUGAGGCCUGACUGGUACCUAAUGACACCUACAGCGGUGUCUUCUGUGGGCGGCCCCACUCAGCCCUCAGACUUCCCCUGGGAGGGGACAAGCCGUUCUGCCAGAUGGCAAUUUUCCCUCAGGAGACAAUGUUCCCCAGGGGCACUGCUGCUCCCAGUGGGCAGGGACAGUAUCCAGGAGCUUCCAGACUGGCCGCACUUAAACCACUGCCAGGAGAGGUCUUUCCCACUGGGAAUGAAAAUCACUCUUCUCAUUGAAAUCAGGGAUUCUCAAACCCGGCACUGUGGACAUUUUGGGUGAGCUAAUCCUCUGUUUGAGGGUAGGGGCCGUCCUGUGCCUUGCGGGAUGUUUAGGGACAUCCCUGGCCUCCACCGACCAGAUGCCAGGAGCCCUCCCCAGUUGUGACAACCAGACAUGUUCAGACGUGGCCAGAUGUCCCCUGAGUCAAAGUGUGCCAGUACCUGGUGAGCCCAGAACGUAGUGGGCUUCGGGAGAUUUCUGAACCGUUUGUGGGCUGAAUUUUUAUUUCUUAAAAUCUAAAUCAGAUUCUGUUAGGAAGGAGUCUCCCACGGCAGUUCCCUGGUUGGUUAAGGAUGUUCCCCAUCAGAGCGACUGGUCAGCAGGCGGGAUUUCCAGAGUUAACCGCCAGCUCCCUCUUGUGGCUGAAUAAAGCAUUUCAUUAUUCUGCUGA